AUGGUACAAGACAAAGAAGGUGGGCAACCGGUUUCCAACUAUGAGUUGCAUGAUUUGGAGCGGUUUGUUCAUGCUUGUGGCUUAGUAGACCUUCGUUCCAUCGGAUGCCGGCUAACGUGGACUAAUGGAUCAGUUUCUUCAAAGCUUGAUCGUGCUAUGGUGAACUCCCACUGGCUUAUAGCGGAUUAUGAGAGUUAUGUGGAAUUUACAUCGCCCGAAUGUCUAUCUGACCACUCUUGUGGUAUUGUUUCAACACUUGCAAGGGAGAAGAGAUGCAAUAGACCUUUCAAAUUCUAUAAUAUGUGGACAUUACAUGAGGGGUUCCAAGAUUUGGUGGCAAGUUCAUGGGAUGAGCUUAUUUCCGGAAAUGCUCAAUUUGCACUUAAGGAAAAACUUACAAGACUAAAGGGCAAGCUGCAAGAACUUGAUAAAUUGCAUUUUCAGCACAUCUCGGAGCAAGCUUUAAGGGAAAAAUCAGUACUAGAGGAUUCUUAA